GACAAACCAAACACCACCUUUAAUUUUCUCCUCUUUACCUUUUUGUAUAUCAACCUCAAAGUAUUAGCUUUCCCACACAAAAAGUCCUAGAUAUAUACCAUCUUACAAGGGUGGGUGACUUUGAAAUAUGAGUUCAUCUCCAAACAUGGGGAUCAUCAGAAACUGCCAUGUCCAAGACAUCAACAUGUGUUUCCAAGCUCCAAACAACAACUUCAUAGAAUGGCUCAAGCCCUCAUCCUCCUCUUCAUCAAUAUCAUCUUCACCAUCUUCUUCAUCCACAAUAACUCAUCAUCCACAAGAACAGCUACUUCAAUUCACAACUAUGAGCAAUUUCUUGAAUGUUCCACUCUUUUAUCAACAAGGGAAACAAGAAAUGGAAGAUCAAGAGAGCAUCCAAUGCUUGCCUCUUAUUAGCCAACUAAUCGGAACGAAGACGGUGAAAGAGGAGCAAGAUCAUCAAGAAGAUUAUGAUGAGAUGGAGAAAGUGAAAGUGGCUUUAAAUAUAGGAUUGCCCGAUUCGUCAUCAAGUACUACUGCUUAUAAUUCUUCUGAUAGCGAGAAUUACAAGCAAAUUUUCAACUUGAAGGAAAAUUCAAAGAGUGAUUUAAAGGUUUCUUCUGGAAGUAAUGGCGAAAGUAGAUUUUGGAUCCCAACACCAGCGCAGAUCCUUGUUGGACCUAUGCAAUUUGCUUGUAACAUAUGCAGCAAGACCUUCAAUAGGUACAAUAACAUGCAGAUGCACAUGUGGGGGCAUGGUUCUGAGUUUAGAAAAGGACCAGAAUCCCUAAGGGGAGCACAACCAGCAGCAAUGCUGAAGCUUCCAUGCUAUUGUUGUGCACAAGGCUGCAAAAACAACAUCAAUCAUCCUCGGGCGAAGCCGUUGAAGGACUUUCGAACCCUUCAAACUCACUACAAGAGGAAGCAUGGUGCAAAGCCAUUCAAUUGCAGGAAAUGUGGUAAGACAUUCGCGGUGAAAGGUGAUUGGAGGACUCACGAGAAGAACUGUGGGAAGCUGUGGUAUUGCACCUGUGGAUCUGACUUUAAGCACAAGAGAUCACUCAAAGAUCACAUUAGGUCAUUUGGUGAUGGACAUUCUCCUCAGUUUCCUAUUCCUGAUGGAUUUGAUUGUCAUGAUGAGAAGGAGGAAUGCAUCACUGCUGGAUCUGAAGAUGAAAAUAAUUAAAUGAAAAGCUCUACAUCGAUAUAUCGAUCGUGCAGGUAAAUCACUCGAAUAGUCUCUUAAUCUGGUGACCUAACCGAUUCUAGAUUAUUGAGUCCCUUAAUUUAACAAAGUUUGCAAUUAAGUUAUUAAACUGCAAUUAUUAUUCUGAUCAAGGAUGACCGGAUCGAUAAUUGCAGUUUAAUAAUUGUUUUCAACUUUUUUCUCUUUUUCAAAAUGAAGGAUGAAUUUAAUCCCGGAUUAACGAGGCACCAAAUUAAGAUACUAUUCAAUUGAUUUACUCAAAGAAAAAGAAGAAGAAUUUUUUUUUUCCCAGAAACUGAUGAUGUGUUUGGAGGAUUUUCAAGCUUGUGCUCGGUUGCAAAAAGUUCUAGUAUGCUCAACAGGGAGAGGGAGCCGUUUGUUAUGGAGCACUUGCUUUAAAUGUGAUUAUACGUAAUACGUACGUAGUAUUGCUGCAUGCAUGGUUUGGUUUUUUUUAAGGUUUUUUUUUUUUUUUAACGAAGAAUUAAGGUGAUUGCUUUGAAGUGGUGAAGCGGAUGAAUUUUCUUCUUAAUUUUUCUGAGGCCGAAAAAAAAUGUAGAAAGAAAGAUUGUGAAAGUUUGGAUAUGGAGAAAAUUUGUCAGCUUCAUUGCUAGGCUGUGAUCCCAAUGUAAUGAAAUGUCAAAUGCUUUUUUAAUGUUUAUUUUGUUUUUGUUAAUGUAUAAUGUAUCUUUAGCUGUUGCUGGAACGCCCAGCUUCAUGCCGAUGUGAAAAUUUUGUGAAUCAUUUUGUCACAUAUAAUGUUGGAU